AUGACCACAUUAGAUCAAUCAUACGUCACAAACGGUAGUUGGAGACCAAAUCUUUUCGAAGGAAAAGUGGUCUUUGUCACUGGUGGUGCCGGUUCAAUUUGUAAAGUUCAAACCGAAGCCAUGGUUUUGUUAGGUGCAAAUGCAGCAAUUGUUGGUAGAAAUAAAGAAAAGACCGAUGCUGCUGCUAAGGAAUUGCAAGCAUUGAGAAAAGGAGCCAAGGUGGUGUCUUUGCCAAAUGUCGAUGUAAGAGAUAUCAAGCAAAUGACAGCUGCUGCAAACAAGGCAGUAGAAGAAUUGGGUAAGAUUGAUUUUGUCAUCGCAGGUGCUGCUGGAAACUUCUUGUCUGAUUUCACUCACUUAUCUUCAAACGCUUUCAAUUCAGUUGUCAAUAUCGAUUUGAUUGGUUCUUUCAACACUGCCAAAGCAUGUUUCGAACAAUUGAAAAAGAACAAGGGAGCCAUCAUUUUUGUCAGUGCAACAUUACACUACUAUGGUGUUCCAUUCCAAAUUCAUGUUGGUGCUGCUAAAGCCGGUGUUGAUGCUUUAUCGAAUGCAUUGGCUGCCGAAUUGGGACCUCUUGGUAUUAGAUCCAACUGUAUUGCUCCUGGUCCAAUUGCUGAUACUGAGGGUAUGAAGAGAUUGGCACCUGGUUAUUUGGACCAAGUCAAGAAGAAGGUUCCAUUGCAAAGAUUGGGAUCUAAGCAAGAUAUCGCUGACGCUACAGUCUACUUGUUUUCCCCAGCUGGUGGCUUUGUCACUGGUGACAUUUUGGUUGUUGACGGUGGUUCAUGGCACAUCGGUCAAGGUGCAGGAAAUGCUUCUUACCCCGUCUCACUUAGGGCUGUUCAAGACGGUAAGGAGAUGAAGUUGUAG